CCUCUUUAUAUAUUUAUAUAUAUUUUUGAGAAGCAGCAGCCUGUGCAACAGACGGAGCCGCAGCCUUUUCCACACAGUCCGCUUGGCAUCAAGAAGGAAAUAACUACAGGACAAGAUGUGUAAGGGACUAGCAGCUUUGCCGCACACAUGUCUGGAGAGAGCCAAGGAGAUCAAGACCAAGUUGGGCACGCUGCUACAGAAGCCAGACUCAUCUGUAGACCUGAUCAUCCCAUAUUCCGAGAAGCCAGAAAAACCAGCAAAGCUCCAGAAACCUUCUGCUGAGGAGGCUUGGCAGUGGCGCAACUCUCUGGAGAAACUCCUUCAGAAUCCCUAUGGGCUUGCCAGCUUCCAGAACUUCCUCAAGUCUGAAUUCAGUGAGGAGAACAUUGAAUUCUGGAUUGCUUGUGAAGAGUAUAAGAAAAUAAAAAUUCCUUCUAAAAUGACUGAAAAGGCCAAGAAAAUUUAUGAAGAAUUUAUCCAGAGUGAGGCUCCUAAAGAGGUAAACAUUGAUCAUUUCACCAAGUCUGUGACCAUGAAGAAUCUGGUGGAACCAUCUGAGAGUACUUUUGACCUGGCUCAGAAGAAGAUCUUCAUGCUGAUGGAGAAGGAUUCUCUUCCCAGAUUUGUGCGUUCUAACAUAUAUCAGGAGUUCAUAAAGUAGCAAUGUAGCAGAGCUGUGCUGGGCCUUGAUACUCCUGAUUGCAAACAGGGCCAUUGUUUACUCCAAUUAUCAGCUACUACUUUGUGACAUUUAUCUUACUUACUGGCUUUUCUUAUGUGUAUUCCAGGCUUCAGAUGUUCAAAUGCUAUUGUUCAGUGUCUUUCACAUGCUGUUUGGUCUCUCUGUUCUUCUUUCCAGAUGAUUGUUUUACCCUCUCCUCGCAUUUCUGCCCCUCUUUCCAGCACUGACACGAUUGCAGAAAGAGGCAAGAACACAGAGUUUGAAGGGCUACACUAGUCACUCCUGUUAAACAUAACAGAUGAUAACUAUUUACACACGCAUGACUAAAAUGACUAAAUUCUUCUAUGCAUCCUUGAUCUGACCAUCCUAGAAGAAGAAUGUAAGAAUGUAAGAAGAAUUUUGUCCCCUCUGUUUGAAGUAUCCUAUGAGAAGUAGAUAAUGUGGUAAUCUAUCCAUCAUUAGCAAAUAAGGCUGCAUCUACACUGCACUCUAUUCCAGGAUCUGAUCCCAGAUUAUCUGUUUAUCCUAGAUUAUCUGACAAUAUAGAGCAGGGGUCCUCAAACUAAGGCCUGGGAGCCGGAUAUGGCCUUCCAAGGUCAUUUACCCGGCCCUCGCUCAGGGUCAAUCUAAGUCUGAGAUGACUUGAAAGCACACAACAACAACAACAACAAUCCUGUCUCAUCAACCAAAACCAGUCCCACACUCCCCACUGAAAUACUAAUAAGUUUAUAUUUAUUAAAAUUGUUCUUCAUUUUAAUAUUGUAUUGCAUUUAAGUGGUUUUUUGAACUACAAAUAAGAUAUGUGCAGUGUGCAUAGGAAUUCAUUCAUGUUUUUUUCAAAUUAUAAUCCAGCUCUCCAACAGUUUGAGGGACUGUGACCUGGCCCUCUGUUUAAAAAGUUUGAGGACCCCUGAUAUAGACUGUCACUUCAAAGUACAUAAUCUGGGAUCAGAUCUCGGGAUAGGCCUGUU